AUGUAGAGAGUCAUUAAGGUACUGUAGUUGCCUCUCGAAUUGUUGGUUUCCGGGUCUUAAAACAGUUUUCUUACCGGGUUUUUUUUGGUGAUUAUGAUUGAGAAUUAUGGGUUUUCUUAUUUCAUUCGGAUACCUUUUUUGUGUUGGUUGAGGAAACAAAUAUGAAAUAUCAAUUCUUGUUUGUUCCUGUUGUGGCUUUUCUUGAUUGCUUUGACGGUAUAGGUCUGUGUCUUUGUGUUUGUCUGUGUCUUGAGGGAUACAAUAAUACGUGGGUUUCAUCUUGGAUUUGAGUUUGUAGUGUGUGGACGGUCAAAUUGGUUCGUUCGGUGUCCCUAUGGACAUGAGGUUUAGGAUUUGUCAAUCAUAGAAGUGAUUAUUAUGGUACUGUAAGAUGAAGAAUAGGAGAACAGCUGUUUUCGAAGGAGAUUGUAGGAUUACGAGAAUCAGGCAUUGAAAGAGCCUCUACAACAGUAUUUGGUUAAGGAUAAUGCUGUUUGUUGGUCUCUAAACGAAACACAAUGGCAAUGAAAUCUUACCAAAAUCAGGCAGAGAUGUUCUUAAAGGAUUAUUUACUCGAAGAUUCUUUUAUGCCAUUCACUUCUAUAAUUGGUGGCAUUUUUGCGUGCAAGCUGGUUUACGAUCUUACGCAGUUAAUGAGUACUAUUUACUUUAAAAGCUAUUCCAACCUCACAAAAAUCCAGCGAGUUGAGUGGAAUAACAGGGCCAUAUCGACUAUCCAUGCCCUGUUCAUCACAACCUUGUCGUUAUACUUUGUCUUCAUGUCAGAUCUCUUUUCUGACGAAAGACUUGCUGGACUUAUUACACUUCGAAGUUCUGCGCUGUCUACAUUUGCACUGGGGAUUUCUGUUGGUUACUUCAUUGCGGACAUUGGGAUGAUCAUUUGGUUUUAUCCUUCUCUAGGUGGAAUGGAGUAUGUUAUUCAUCAUCUACUAUCUAUGGCAGCUGUAGCUUAUGCUAUGUUGACAGGGGAAGGACAAGUUUACACCUACAUGGUUCUAAUAUCUGAGACAACGACCCCUGGUGUCAAUCUGAGAUGGUAUCUGGACACAGCUGGAAUGAAGAAGUCUAGGACAUACCUUAUUAAUGGGGUUGUCAUGUUCGUUGCUUGGCUGGUUGCCAGAAUACUCCUUUUCAUGUACCUGUUUUACCAUAUCUACCUGCAUUACGAUGAGUUGAAGGAAUUGUGUGGUUUUGGGCGGCUUUUGAUAUUUGUGGUGCCUGUGGUGCUAUCCGUAAUGAACUUGAUGUGGUUUUGGAAGAUAAUCAGGGGAUUGAAGAAGACUUUAGCAAAGCGGCAGUGAAGAUUCUGAUAAUGGAGGAUACUGAAAGAGUCAUAAAAACUAGUGUUGAUCUCCAUGCAAUGUAAAAUACCUAGAGGUGUAGUAGUUGAACUGGUUGAUCAACCAUGGUUGCCGAAUCCAAUAAGAUUCAGAUGCAAUGUAAAGAUUAGCGCUUCUCAGAAAUUGCUUCAUAGUUUUGAUUAUCAUAUUUAACCAGGAUUAUGGGAACAUCAUUUUGGCUGGAAAUACCAAGGUUGAGCUUGGAGUUUCGAAUA